AUGGCAACAACGUUGACAGAAUUCUACAAGGACAAAACGAUUUUCAUCACCGGUGCAACUGGCUUCAUUGGAAAAGUUCUGUUGGAAAAGCUGCUGAGAUGCUGCAGCUCUCUCAAGUGCAUCUACUGCCUGGUCAGAGAUAAGAAUGGAGAAACAGCGGCUGAAAGAUUGGAAAAAUUGCUCGGACAUCAAUGCUUUGACAACCUGUGGAAAGAAGCAUCAUCAGCAGUAAAUGUGAGGGACAAGGUGAAGGUCAUUCGAGGUGACAUGCUGCUGGAUGGGCUUGGAGUGGACAGUGAUCAGAGAUUUCUUCUGGACAAUUCAGUUGAUGUUGUAUUUCACGCUGCUGCUACUGUUAAGUUCGAUGAGCCACUCAAAUAUGCAAUAGAGAUGAACGUGUUAGGAGCACGCCGGCUCAUUCAGAUCUGUUCCACCAUGAAACACCUCCAAUCAGUGGUCCACAUUUCAACUGCAUUUGCAAACUGUGACCAGCCAUUUAUCUCCGAGCAGGUCUACCCUGCCAUUGUUGAGCCUGACAAAGUUCUGGAACUUCUUGAUUGGUUGGAUGAUGAAGCCUUCAAGAUGAUCACCACAAAGAUGAUAGGUGAGAAACCGAACUCCUUCACGUACACGAAACACUUGGCAGAGGUCCUGUUAUUAAAGGAAGGCUCCCAUCUACCCAUCUCCAUCAUUAGACCUUCUAUUGUUACUGCUGCCUGGAGAGAGCCCGUUCCUGGUUGGAUUGACAGUGAAAAUGGACCGAGCAGUCUGUACAUUGCUAUGGGCAAGGGCUUGUUGAGGUCGAUGAUUGCAGACCACCACGUAAACGCGGACAUCGUUCCAGUGGACCUGCCGGUAAACAUGAUGGUCGUCGUGGCCUGGUAUCGAACCCUCCACAAGCAGACCACCAACGCCACCUCCGUCUACCACAUCACCAGUGGAGGGUUGAACCCAUUCACUUGGGGCGAGAUGGAAAACUCAGUGACCAACUACUUCAAGAAGAACCCUCUGGACUCCUGCUUCAGAAGGCCAAAGAGCAACGUCAUCACGAGUAACAGUUUCAUGCACGAUUGUUGGAUACUGGUCAGUCACCUGAUCCCUGCGUACGCGGCUGACCUGGGCUACCUGCUAACAGGACAGAAGACCCGCAUGGUCGAGACGUACAACAGACUGCACAGGACCAUGGAGGUGCUGGAGUACUUCACCACCAGGUCCUGGGAAUGGACUCAUGCUCAUCUCGAUGUCCUCAAGAAUAACCUCACUCAAGAGGAGCUUAAGACGUUUUCAUUUGAUCCACGAGUCCUUCACUGGCCGACGUACAUUGAGAACUUCUGUCUGGGUACCAAGAAGUUUCUUCUGAAGGAAGAUCCAGCCGGUCUGCCCGCUGCCAGAGCAAGAAUCAAGAUGUUGCGUAACAUAAGGUAUGCCUUCAAUACGGUGCUGUUGGUUCUGGCUUGGAGGGUCCUGAUCGCCAACUCCAGCCUGGCGCGCAACUCUUGGUUCUUCGUUCUCGGUCUCGUCUUUAAGUUCGUUCGUUUCUUCCGUCUAACCAGUACGCUCAGUUAA